CAUACUUGCAUAAUUUAAAGGAUAAUAUAAGAAAUGAAAGCAAUCGAUGGAUUGCCAGUCUUUCUCAAUUUUUUCCGCUCCACCAACUCCCUACUCUUCUCUGUUCCCACUUUCCACUAUUAAAUUCUCUCUUCUCCUAUUCUUUUCUCACACCUUCCCUUCGCCUUGACUUCUCAUCUUCUUCCCAACUUAAUUUCCCCCCUCUCGUCGGAAACCAUGGGCAGUGUGCCGUCGGAGAAGACCGCCACCGGCUACGCCGCUCAUGAUUCCUCUGGCUUUCUCGCCCCUUAUACAUAUAAUCUAAGGCAAACUGGGCCGGAGGAUGUUCAGAUAAAGGUGCUGUAUUGCGGCAUCUGCCACACAGAUUUACAUCAGACCAAAAAUCACCUUGGCAUGUCCAAAUACCCAAUGGUCCCUGGUCAUGAGGUGGUCGGAGAGGUAGUGGAGGUGGGAUCUGAUGUGACCCGAUUCAGAGUCGGCGACACUGUCGGGGCCGGCGUAAUCGUCGGCUGCUGCCGAAACUGCGGGCCCUGCAAAGCCAACAUCGAGCAGUAUUGCAACAAGCGGAUUUGGUCCUACAACGACGUCUACACCGACGGCAAGCCCACCCAAGGCGGCUUCGCUUCCGCCAUGGUCGUCGACCAAAAGUUUCUGGUAAAGAUUCCGGCGGGGCUCGCAGCGGAGCAGGCGGGGCCUCUGCUCUGCGCAGGGCUGACGGUGUAUAGCCCGCUGAAGCACUUCGGGCUGAUGAAAAGCGGGCUUAAGGGGGGAAUACUAGGGUUGGGUGGCGUGGGGCACAUGGGAGUGAAGAUAGCGAAGGCGUUGGGCCAUCAUGUGACGGUGAUAAGCUCGUCGGAGAAGAAGAAAACAGAGGCUAUGGAGCAUUUGGGAGCGGACGCGUACCUCGUGAGCUCCGACGGGGCGGCCAUGGCGGCUGUGGCUGAGGGAUUGGAUUACAUUAUUGACACUAUUCCUGUGCUCCACCCUCUGGAGCCGUACCUGUCGCUUCUUAAGGUGGACGGACAGAUCAUCAUGAUGGGAGUGAUCAAUCAGCCGAUGCAGUUCAUCACGCCCAUGAUAAUGCUUGGUAGAAAGUCCAUAUCUGGUAGCUUUAUUGGUAGCAUGGUGGAGACGGAAGAGAUGUUGGAGUUCUGUGAGAAGAAUGGAUUGCGGUCGAUGAUUGAGAUUGUGAAGCUUGAUCAGAUCAACGAGGCUAUGGAGAGGUUAGAGCGCAACGAUGUGAGAUAUCGCUUUGUUGUUGAUGUUGCGGGAAGCAAACUCGGCGCAUAAUUUCUCACCAAAUCUAUAGGGAGGCAUCAAUGUUGUUUUUAUAAUGCCAACGAGUGAUGAUUCUUAUCACUUCGUCGUAUAAUCUUUGUUUUCUUUGUUUGUGUUGUCUUGUGGUGGUUGAGACUAUACUUUGUGUUGUAAGAGGCUUACUUCUGUCAUAAUGAAAAUAAUUGUGAAUGUUGGGUUCAUGUUAAUGGUUUUGGCAGCAAAUUUGCUCA